AUGGACCGCCGCACACGAAGACCACCUACGGUCGACGAGCUCGUAGCUCGAGCUGCGGCCAGAGGCUAUAAAAGAGGUGCACAUAUAGAGAAGGACAAGGUUCGCAAACAAGGAAAACACAACUCCACGACCAAGACGAAUCAAAAUGCGACCCUUCAUCGCUACGAUCUUUGGACGCUCUACGAAUUACGGGAUACUGCUAUUCAGCAAGGGUUGUCGCCUCCUAACGAGGAGAUGGCUCGAGAGCAUUGUUUGCGACCCGAGAUGAAAGUACCUGAUUUGGCGACCAUAAAAGACUUCAUCCGCUUCUACGCCGCUACGAGCGAUCCUAGAAUUGACGAAGAGGUGUCGACCGUCGACUCUCUCAACACCGUGGCCGAAUGGUUCUUUGCGGGUUUCGCUCGAGUUACCAAAACCGAGAUUAAAGAAGAGGACAGAAAAGAAGUCUAUGACUUCGUUCGCACAACGUUGGUGGAGGAAGGGUUGGCGGUCAACAAACACCGACCGAAGUACAACUUCACCGUUGAAGUGCUUACCCUAGUCCAGAUCACCCUCUGGACCAAGGAUGAUUUGAUCUUUAUUCCAGAGCGGUACAGGAUCCAGACAACUUUUAUCACUAAUGUGUAUUGCUGGACCGGUGCUAGAAUAUCCGCCUUUUUCACAGGCGGCUUUCGAUACGGGGAUACUGAAAUUGUGUUACAGCGUGCGGAAGGAAGUCGACACUGGAGAGCUACCUGGAGACUUGAUCAGCGCUGGGUGAAGAAUAAUCGUGACCCUGAUAACAUCGUGGUACGUAUCGAUGAUUUAUUCGGAACCGCCCAUAGAGAGCACGAAAUGUUCAUUUACAACGAAACUGGGUUUCUUCUGCAAAUGGCGCUCGCCGAUGGCGCCUUGUUUGGAAUUCAUUCGAUUAAAGACCUCCUGAAAAAGCGGAUCCCGUAUGGGGAGAACGUGUUAGUCCUAAGAUACAAUGAAUCAGCCUUGAAGAAACCUAUCCUGCGUAAAUGCACCAAGGAGGGCGGAGUAACGGACGAGCCUAUGCCCAAGUCGGCCUUCGUAAAUAUCUGGAGGAGUAAUUGUUCCAAUGCCGGCCUCUUUGAAAUACCGACGAUCCAUGCGAUUCGACGGGGACUGGGCAAGAAAGUCGAUAAAAACUACACCCCUGUCCAGCGCAGUCAACACCUGACACAGGCGGACCUCGGCGUCUUCGGCCAAAGUUAUGUCGCAAAUUGCUCGUCGGUCGAUGGCCAGGCGGCUUUCUUGGGAGAGCCGAGCGAUCACCGCCACAUCGAAUAUUUCCAAAGCGUGGAAAGAUUCUUGGAACCGGGCCUACCCAAUGAGCUCCCCGCUCGCCGUCUGGACGAAUUGAGUCGUGAUCCACGCCUUUGCGAACUCCAAGAGCAAUUAGCUAGCCUCGAGCGCGAGGGGACGACCGGCCCCGUCGUCAACGAGGCCAAACGCUGGUUAUCAAACUACCGUCGAAAAUUGUACAAAAAAGCUCUCCGCGGAUAUCAGCAGUGGUGGGUGCGCGAUCGCAGGGAUUGGAAAAUCCUCACGAACGGCCAGGAACGACCGAAUGAUCCCAGUAAUACCGACCUCGUUCAGCAUUUGUCUCUCCUCAUUCCUGAACGAGGCCGUCUCGCUCAGUGGAUGUGUCAAGACGAGCCGCUAUCCCCCGAGUCAAUGUGGCAGGCCAUGCGCGACUUACAUUCGCUAUGUACGCGUGAUCUCACGGUCCUUUACCUCCCUGGCCUAAACCCGCGGGAGGGGAGAUGUCCCGUAAAGUCGUGCCAAAAGUUGAUGGAUGAUCUACCCAAAAACCGACGUAACCAUCACAUUCAGACGUGUGUUCACCACGAUAUGGCGAAGAAACUUCGUCAACUGCCGUCGCAUAUCCACUAUUGCCAUCUUUGCUUUAACUGGGUGGUCGGAGAAGACGAAUGGGAGUCACACUGUGCCUCGCACCUCUCAUCGCUAGCCACGAAAAGAUGCGGAACGCUCUCAUAUGGCUACACACUCGUCCGUCCUGCCUAUUCUCCAUUUCGUCUCGGAAAGAAAGGGUUAUCUGCCGCUGAUCGAUUACAGUCGUGGAAUCGAGACUUCGACCUCUGGAAAGAGGUGAACAAGGAAAUACAGAGAUGCCGCUGGCCGAUGAUGUGUCCAUAUCCGCUGUGUGACGUCUCUCUUACAGAUGACCGCGAUCUCCGGUUUCACUUUAUCGACGACCAUAAAUUGAGCCGAACACGACCUGGUAGAUCUACAGCGAAGGACCUCCCCCCGAAAGUGACCGCUUCAAUUCGUCCACACUCGCCGGACGAGAAAUUAACACUCGACGAAGGUGCUGACGGAAUCCGCUCAUGUCGAAAGCGAAAAUCACCGAGCAGUUCUGGCGCCCUCAAGUGGAUGCCACCACAGUCGCUCGACUCCACGGCCGCAACUUCGGAAAAGCGAUUACCCGACCGCCCCCCCAAGCGGAAAAAGCAGAAACAACAGACUCCUUCCCCUUCGACUAUCUGUCCCGAAGUUAUUGUCAUCGAUGAAGAGGUCUCUGAUGAUUAUGCCGCCCCAAGUACCGUGGACUCCAUCAUGUUUUUCCCUCCAGGCCCUCUAGGCAUCGAGGAUGACGACAAAUGUACUGAUCUCAAAUGUGAUCCAUUCCCGCGCCAUUGCGUCACUUCUAUCGAAACCAUUCACUCGCUCGAGUCUGCAGAUUGCAACGAUAACUCCAAUUUGGACGUUAUAUUCGAUCAGUAUCUCCGCUCCCCGUCGCUCUCGCCUCCCCCUUCGCCCCCUGGUUCAUCAGAAGAUGGUGCUACCAGCGAAUCAAGCGGAGCAACGCUGAUUCACGCUGAACGUGACCUGCCUCGUGGUGGCGCGGAGCUACACACAGAGACAGUCAAGAGUCCCGUUCUGGAAGAAGUGUCGGACGACGUGUCGAGGAGGGAGGGAGCUCGAGAUGAGGAGGGACACUUGUCAGAGUCAAAAUGGCCCUCGCGUUCGACUGCGGGUCCGUCAGCCUCAAAUCACGCUCCGCCUUAA